GUCGACUCCUGAAUGUGAAAGCAACUUCUUCCUGUUCAGGCCAUUGUACAAAACAGCGCAGUCACUGAGUCAAUUCAUCCAGUCGGGAUCAUUGAAAAAUCAUCUCCAGUGAUGAAAAGGUGUCAGACAUUCACGUUAAUUUUCCUAACACUAAUAUUCGUCAUCUUCCUUUUCAUAAGCCCCUCAUUUGAUAACGUUUUAUUUAGAGUGAAUGAGUUUACAAUCAUACUGGCAAACCACUUGCCCAAAAUAGCCUCCGUUGGCCAAACGAAUUCAGUCAUGUCUGCUCAGGCCACCCCUGAAAACACAGUGAAUGUGAGACGUCCACACCCAACCACAGAGCCCGGAAUUAUGUUUUUACAGAGCUCCAGUGAACUAAACCCUUCCCCACUGGUCAUGUGCAGCAUUGAAUCAGCAGCUAAACUGAACCCAAACAAACCGGUUUAUUUUUUCAUGAAUGCAUUCAAUGGGAGUGUAUCCAUGUAUCGAGAACCUGAGUACAAAGGCAUUGCUCUACUUUCUUCGUUAAAGAAUGUGAUUAUCUUGUCCUUGAGCCCUGAAGAAUUAUUCAGCAACACUCCCUUGGCUGGAUGGUAUGAGAAGGUAGAUCCCAGCAAGGAAAGGCAUUGGCUCCAUGUACUUGCAGAUGGCUGUCGGCUUGCCUUGCUGUGGAAGUACGGGGGCAUCUAUCUGGACACGGAUAUCAUUUCACUCAAACCCUUGAAGUUCCAAAACUUCCUCUGUGAACAAUCAAGUAAUUACGCUAAUAAUGCAGCUUUGGGGUUUAACCGCUCACAUUCUUUUGUCAAGAUGUGCUUAAAAGAUUUUGUUGACAAAUACAAUGGAGCAGCUUGGGGCCAUCAGGGACCUACCUUGAUGACCCGGAUGUUGAAGAAAUGGUGCGGUACUGAUAAUCUCAAUGACUUCCUCAACAAAGAUUGCAAAGGGAUUGUGUUCUUGUCCAGCAACUGGUUCUACCCAGUUCCAUAUCCAAAUUGGGGAAGGUACUUUCAAAAAAAUAAAUGGAAUAAGAACAAUGAUACUAUUGAAAAUGAAUUCUCAAAGACCAAUGGAGUGCAUAUCUGGAAUUAUAUGAUUGGUCAUCGGAAAGUUGAAAUCAAAGGUAGUCGAUCGAUAAUAGAAUACUUCUUCAGUGAAUACUGUCCAAGCACCUACAAAUCUAUUCCAUUACAGAAAGAAAAACCUGAAAAAAAAUAG